AUGUAUAGUAAGCCACAUAUUUGCCGUUCGCAUUUUGAAUGGGAUUCUUGGGGAAAAAUCGCAAGAAAAGAGUUACCGAAGCCGUUCCCGUUUCUGAAUCAACGGAAUUCAAUGAAUCAUGCUCCGCCAACUUCCAAUAUUGCUGAAAUUACUCCAAUAUUAUCAAAUCUUGCUGAAAUUACUCCACCAUUAUCAAAUCUUGCUGAAAUUACUCCAUCAACUUCGAAUACAGCAUUUGAGAAGGAUAUGGAUGUUCAUGGAGAUGCAACAGAAUCUCUAAAUGAGCAACGGGAUCGAUUGGAUGAAGUGAAUCCAUUUCAGGAACAAAUUGAUAUGAUAAAAGAUCCGGUAUUAUUUGUUAGUAAAAUCACUAAAAAACAUUUCAUUUUCUAGAAUUAUCAACCGACAACUAGAGAUUUUGCUGAAGUUUGCGAAGAGGAGUGUGAAUAUUCGAGUGAUUCUGAUGGAAACCCUGAAGAAUUUCAAAUCGACUUCAAUUUUCUUCUAGUGUCAAUUCAGCUUCUACUCCCAUUGAUUUUGUAUUGUAGAGCAUGUUGCUCACAAGCAAAAUAUAAAUCUACAAAAUCAGGAUGCGCAUUAGACGUGAGUUUUUUUUUGAAAAUAAAAAGAAAUUAUGUUCCAUUUUUAGUUUCACUGUUAUUGCGAAUGUGGAAGACAAUGGAAAUGGGCAAGCAGUAGAAGGAUUGUGAAAAAUGACGGGUCAACAUCCAAAAGAUUUGACAUAAAUGUGAUUGUUACAUCAGCUAUUGUAACAAUUGGGCAAUCAUAUUCAGUGAGUUCUUUCAUCUCUGUCUACCAAAAGAUCAGCUUUAAAAUGAGAAAAAUGGAGAUUUUUGCCUAAGUCUAGCCUCAAAAUAGACCACCUAAAUUGCUCCAUUUGUUUUUUAUUUUUGCUCAUAAAAGCAUCAAAUCAAACUGAAAGGCAAAAACGAUGAAUUCCCAGCCAGAGACUGCCCCAAAUUUGUUGAAUUUUCAUGCACAAAUUCACAAAAAUCUUUGAAUUUCGGCUGAAAAAGCAUCCAUCAACUGCCAGAGUUGUAAAAGCAUGUUCGAUUUUCCAGAAUCUGAAAGCUCUGUUCGAUGUUAUCAACAUGCCAACAAUAUCCAGUACAACAUUUUAUGAUACUCGAAAAAUCGCUGUAGUUCCUGCAAUCAAUACAGUAUUCGCCGCUCAAAAACAACUAAUUAUGGAAAUUUUGAAGAAAAUCGGAAUCCCUAUCGACGCAGCUUCAGAUGGAAUGUAUGACACACGUGGAUACUCUGCUUUUUGGUGUAGAUACAUUUUCAUGUGCACUUUAACGAAGUUUAUUAUCCACUACAAAAAUAUGAGAAAAACAUCAGGAGGCGCAUCAAAAGCUCUUGAACCAGCAGCCCACAUGCAAGGACUGAGGGAACUGAUUUCGAUGUAUGCAGGAUAUUUCCAAAAUUUGCCGCCAAUCCGAUCUCUCACGACUGAUCGAUGUUUAACAAUAUCUGCGAACAUGAAAUUGCAUUUUCCAUCGGUUAUCCACAAAUUCGACUUAUGGCAUUUAAUUAGGAAUAUCACAAUGGAUUUAUGGCCGAAGCGAAAUCAAAAACAGAUGGAACCAAUCAAAUUAUGGCUUCAAGCUAUGAUUAAUAAUAUUUAUCAGUCGGUAGCAGAUAGCAAUGGAGAUCCUCUGUUGGCCAAAGAAAUGGUCAUGAGUACAUUUGCUCAUAUUACGAACCAACACACCGACUUCGACCAAAUCACAUGGUUCAAGUUCAAUAAACUGAAAGCCUGCCGACAUGAUGCAAAAUCCACAAGUCACACUGGUUUUUUGAAUGUUAAUAAUGCGAAAGACAUGAAUGCCUGGGAUAUCGUAAGGAAAAUUUUUAUAAAAGGAAAUCGAUUGGAAGAUAUCGGCAAAAUUUCUGCGAAAUUUUGCACAAGUGAGUGCGAAAGUUUCAACAGCUUAUCGACUAAAUAUGCACCCAAAGAUAAAUAUUUCCAUGAACACGAAACGACUACCCGUUUGAGUAUUUUGCAUUGGAAUCAGCUGAAGUUGGACGAAUUCGAAGGAACACGUGUUGUAGUUGGCGGGAAAACGUCAGUGAAUAAAACAAAAAAAGAGAAGAGAGUGAAGACAUGCAAAAACGCCUCCACACACGAAUGGCGCUUCAAAAUUCGCGACACCUCAAUUGAUAUUAUGAAAAAUCUCAAAAAAGUUGAUGAAAAUACAGAAGAAGUUGUGAGUGGAGAUGAUGAUGAGGGGAUCUCAAUGGAAAAACUUAAAGACAAUGAAUAUUUUGCGAAGCGCAUGGCAAGAGUAUUUGAAGAUAUUUGCGAAGACGAUGAAGAUUCAUCAUCAUCAGAAGAUGAAGAAGUUUAA